ACGUGCACAUGUGUACUUUGACUAAAGACAUUCAUUAUCUCUGCCUUAGCAAACCUUUCCUAAGAGACAAUGCUAAAGGAAUCUGCGGGUUGCAACCCCUGGUCAGCGACACACGCUGCCCUGCCGAAGCCAAGCCUCAUACACAAGUCACAGAAACGCAAGCAGAGAUUGUAGGUGACAGAUGGCUCGUCAACACUCCUGUGCGUACAGCUACACUGACCUACGACCAGCAUGACACCGCCACCCGUGUCAACCUGCUUGACCAGAUACCGAAAGGUGCCACCCAACACAUUGACAUUACUCCCGUCGACACAGCCCUCCAAGCACUGUCUCGACAGCCCAUUCUGAACCCGUCAUCUGCAGUCCGAGCCUGGACUGCUGCUGACACUGCACGGUGCACCUCCACUGUCAUCGGUCACACCCUGACCCUUGGCGUGACCUUCAUCCUAUACAGGAGACUCAACGAGAUGCAAACCUCUACAGCCAAACUCACGACAAUCAUGAACCGGCCCAAAAGAAAGAUUAUGAAGCCGUCGAAGUACAGGAUGGUGGGUGAAAACGCCACAUCCACUGAAGUCGCGUGUGGGAGCAGCACCACCACGUUGUCGGGAAAACAUGACGACGCAUUUAAGUAUAAGAUUAUCACUCUUAAAGCAGAGAUCACUUUGCUGAAAGAUGAGUGUGAUUUUUUGAAAAAAGAAAUCAAAAAGAUGAAGUCUGCUGUCCCAUCUGCAACGGCACAAAGAUAUACUGUAGUGCCACAGCCCUCAGUGCUGCGAGACCAAUGGGACUCCAACUCCUCAACUUCAGAGUCCCCAGUGGAAGUUCUGAAAAAGAAGAGCAAGAAAAGAAAGAAGAAGAAAAGCAAGAGAAGCAAAUAA